CGAACUGAGCCAGUCUAACUUGAACGCCGAAGAGCGAACAAAACGGUGCGAAAAAUUAUCCACAGAUCGAGUUCGAACGCUCGAACGAACGAACGAACAGUUUUUGGGUUGUUGGAAGUUUGGAAAGUCGCAGAAAAAGAGAGGAGUAGUGUGUGCAAAGUGCAAGUGAACGAACAAAUAAGAAAAAUACAAGAACUUUAGCAAAAAUGUGUCUCCACAAAAGGGAACAGCGCGCGUCUUAUAUAGGCGGUCAGCUGUUUUGUGAGCAAAUGGUGAGCGAAUUUGACGUAACGACGAAUCAGGUCGCGACGACGUGUGAGAAAGCGCCGGAAGAACGCUGCCGCGUCGCUCCGGCGGUGGAAGCAUGCAGUGAUGACCAGGAAGCUGCUGCUGAUCAAAUGCUGUACCGUGAUGUCCUUGUUGGGGCCACCCAAGCCACCAAGCAGCUCUUUGAUGGCUGCAAGGACCUAGCUGCCAUGUUCCGUGAAAGUACCGCCUACAAAAUCCUUACCCGAACCACGCAACCAUCGCAUGCGAUUUCGAUGGUUUUCGUGUCCUUCGUCCUGCUGGUACUGUGGCCUAACAUCGUAGGUCAACCGUCAUCCAUUGAGGAUUCCGAGGAGGCGGCGUCGAUAACUGCCAUAAAAUGUGCCAAGACUCAAACUCGGGCCAGCGUGAUGGUAGCGCUGGUCUACUUCGGAUCGUUUGCGAUGCAUUUCGGGGCCCAGAUGUGGAUGACCUUCGUGUCCGGAUUGGCACUCUACUUCAACCUCCCGCGACAUACCUUUGGUCGCGUCCAGGAGAUCCUCUUCCCGAAGUACUUCUCGAUGGGUUCGGCACUAAGUGUCGCCACGUUGCUGAGCUUUAUCAAACUGCAACAGACGGCACAUCCGGAACUGGCCAACGCCGCGUUCCGCAGCUGGGACCCCCAACUACUGGUCCAGCUUGUCUCGCUAGCUCUGUGUGCCUCCCUCGAGCUGGUGGUCUGCCUCUACCUCGCACCCCCGAUGAUUCGUCUGAUGCACCAGAAGUACCACUUCGAAGCCAGCGAAACCGUCGGUCAGGAGAUUGGACACUUCAGUGGCACCGAAAAUGCUCAGCUUAGGCGUUCGCUGCACUACAAGAGCGUUCACAAGCGCUUCCGGCAGAUCCAUAUGGUGACCGCUAUGGCCAACAUGGUGGCGCUGCUGUGCACCUUUGUCCACCUCCACUAUCUCGCCUCGCGGAUCGUGAUGCUGUGAAGAGACCGCCACCGCCAUUUUGUAGCGCGAGUGGCGCUUGUGUGAGUGCACGAGUACGAGAAAAAGCAAGCCAAAGUAUUAGACGGAAAUUCCAGCUGUAAGCAGUAUUAAAAUUAGGCAAAACAAAAAAGUGAGGUUAGUUCGCAAAAAAAUUGAACAGGAUCUAGUCUUUGUACAACAAUACGAAAAGCAGGAAUUCGGCGGCAGCUGCUGAGGGUGGUUCAAAACCGCCGCAUCCGCAACCGCCUAUUUGUGAGAGUAGAAGAACAUAGACUGAACAGAGAAAACUAACAAAUUUCGAUGAUAACAAUAAUAAUAGUGUUUGAGCGAAACUAAAACGCACCCUAAAUCUACUUCAGAUCACCCGAGGUUUUCAAAUCAAACAAAGCACUGAUUUUUGGAGAGAUUAUUGCAAGCAGCGAUUUUAGCGUUUAGAGAUGUAGCCGAUAAGCAUUUGAUUUGGGGUUUAGUUUCCUAUGUAUUGCAAUACUCGCAAAUUUCAGAGUGAACAGGGAGUUUCUCCUUCGGAAACACCACACACCAAACGAGAAUCAAGAUCUGAAGUAGUGCUUUCGUUAGCAAAUAGUGUUUCAAACUAGCCGUAGAGAGUAGCCAAUUGUAGCGUCGUAAGAUUAACUGAAUAUUUAUUAUCGCUCCCUGAGAAAAACUUAUGUAAUCGCACCCUUCCCCCCUUUUUCCUGAUAGUUAAUAGCUUGGAAAAUACGAAUUUAAACAAUUGCUCUUUGCCACGCUGCAGAGCAUCGGAACACCUAUCAAAAUAAAAGUAAAAAAACAAGAACAAAACACAUUAC